AAGGGGGCUGAAUCUAGUCAUAGCACUAAUAUGGAGAGGAGGCGGGAAGGAACCGGCGGGCGCUCCCUUUAAAAGUAUGCUUGAAAGGGCAGCGGCUGCGUCACUAAGCCAAGCGCUCUUGACUUCCGGAGGUUUCUUCAGCCCGAUUGGCUGGGCAGGGAAAAGGGGCGCGCGCAUGCGCUCUCCAGCUCCGGCGCGGCCAGAAUUGCGUCCCGCCUUCCUAUUGGUUCCUUCCCUCCCCCCUCCUUUUAGCCAGCCGUUCCCCGCUGGCUGGCACAUCGGGGCCCGUAGCGCCCAGUGAUUGGCCGAGCCGGCGCCUGCGUCGCUGGGCUCCGGGCAAGGAGUCGUCGCCGGCCGCGCGCUGCGCUCGUUUGUUCUACCUCCGCCGACAUCAUGGCGGCUGCAGCCGAAGAGCCGUUCCCUUUCCACGGGCUGCUGCCCAAGAAGGAGACGGGCGCCGCCUCCUUCCUCUGCCGCUAUCCGGAGUACGACGGGCGUGGCGUGCUGCUGGCUGUGCUCGACACCGGCGUCGACCCGGGCGCCCCGGGCAUGCAGAUUACAACUGAUGGGAAACCCAAGAUAGCUGACAUUAUUGAUACAACAGGCAGUGGUGAUGUAAACACUUCCACGGUAGUAGAACUCAAAGAUGGGGAAAUUGUAGGUCUUUCUGGAAGAACUCUAAAGAUUCCAACAAGCUGGAUAAAUCCUUCAGGCAAGUACCACAUUGGCAUGAAAAAUGGCUAUGAUGUCUACCCUAAAGCUCUUAAGGAGAGGAUUCAGAAAGAACGCAAGGAAAAACUCUGGGAUCCUUUUCACAGACUACUUCUAGCAGAGGCUUGUAGAAAAUUAGAUGAAUUUGACGCUGUUCAUAGCUCUCCUUCACAAGUAAAUAAAUUGCAGAAGGAGGAGCUUCAAAGUCACGUAGAACUGUUGAAUUCUUUUGAGAAAAAAUACAGCGAUCCUGGUCCUGUCUAUGAUUGCUUAGUGUGGCAUGAUGGUGAUACUUGGAGAGCCUGCAUAGAUUCAAGUGAAUGUGGAGACCUAACAAACUGCACUGUGUUGAGGACCUACAGAGAGUCACAGGAAUAUGGAUCUUUUGGAACAUCAGAGAUGUUAAACUACUCUAUUAAUAUAUAUGAAGAAGGAAACCUACUUUCCAUUGUGACAAGUGGAGGAGCACAUGGGACACAUGUAGCUAGUAUUGCUGCUGGAUACUUUCCAGAAGAACCAGAAAGAAAUGGAGUGGCUCCUGGAGCUCAGAUUCUUGCCAUCAAGAUUGGUGAUACAAGACUAAGCACAAUGGAAACUGGCACAGGCUUAAUAAGAGCUAUGAUAGAAGCAAUAAAAUAUAAAUGUGAUCUUGUCAACUACAGCUAUGGAGAAGCCACUCACUGGCCAAAUUCUGGGAGAAUUUGUGAAGUGAUUAAUGAAGCUGUAUGGAAACACAAUGUCAUCUAUGUUUCAAGUGCGGGAAAUAAUGGUCCUUGCCUUUCUACAGUAGGAUGCCCAGGUGGAACUACAUCUAGUGUAAUAGGUGUUGGUGCAUAUGUAUCGCCUGAUAUGAUGGUUGCUGAAUAUUCCUUGAGAGAGAAAUUACCAGCAAAUCAGUAUACUUGGUCAUCUAGAGGACCUAGUACUGACGGAGCCCUUGGAGUAAGUAUCAGUGCACCAGGAGGUGCUAUUGCUUCUGUCCCUAACUGGACUUUACGAGGAACUCAGCUUAUGAAUGGCACAUCUAUGUCUUCUCCAAAUGCAUGUGGAGGCAUUGCUUUAGUUCUGUCAGGUCUCAAAGCUAACAAUGUUCAUUAUACAGUUCAUUCUGUCAGAAGAGCUUUGGAAAAUACUGCUGUAAAGGCUGAAAAUAUAGAAGUGUUUGCACAAGGACAUGGUAUUAUCCAGGUUGAUAAAGCCUAUGACUACCUCAUUCAGAAUUCAUCGUUCACAAACAACAUAGGCUUUACUGUUACUGUUGGAAACAACCGUGGAAUCUACCUCAGAGAUCCUGUCCAGAUAGCUGCACCUUCUGACCAUGGGGUUGGCAUAGAACCCACCUUUCCUGAAAAUACAGAAAACUCUGAAAGAAUCUCUCUCCAGCUCCAUUUAGCUUUAACUUCAGAUGCACCGUGGGUUCAGUGUCCCAGCCACUUAGAGCUCAUGAAUCAGUGCAGGCAUAUAAACAUAAGGGUGGAUCCUCGUGGCCUGAGGGAAGGACUACACUAUACGGAGGUGUGUGGUUAUGAUAUAGCAAUGCCUAAUGCAGGCCCUUUGUUCAGAGUUCCAAUAACUGUUGUUAUACCAACAAGAGUAAAUGAAUCCUCAAGCUAUGACCUUUCAUAUACUGAUGUGCAUUUUAAGCCUGGUCAAAUCCGAAGGCACUUUAUUGAAGUUCCUCAGGGAGCUACAUGGACUGAAGUUACAGUAUGUUCAUGUUCAUCUGAUGUAUCUGCCAAGUUUGUGCUUCAUGCUGUUCAACUAGUGAAACAAAAAGCUUAUAGAAGUCAUGAAUUCUACAAAUUUUCAUCACUACCAGAAAAAGGAUCAGUGAUUGAAGCAUUUCCUGUUCUAGGUGGAAAAACACUUGAAUUUUGUAUUGCUCGUUGGUGGGCAAGCCUUAGUGAUGUUAGCAUUGAUUACACAAUUUCCUUCCAUGGUGUUGUUUGUACUACCCCUCAGCUAAACAUACAUGCUUCAGAAGGCAUUGUUCGUUUUGAUGUUCAGUCUCCCUUGAAGUAUGAAGAUCUUGCUCCAUGCAUAAAUUUGAAGAACUGGGUUCAAACACUCAGACCUGUGAGUGCUAAAAUAAAACCUUUAGGAUCCCGAGAUAUCCUGCCAAAUAAUCGACAGCUGUAUGAGAUGAUUUUGACAUACAGCUUUCAUCAACCGAAGAGUGGAGAAGUGACUCCAAGCUGUCCAUUGCUUUGUGAAUUGCUAUAUGAAUCUGAAUUUGACAGUCAACUGUGGAUUAUAUUUGACCAGAACAAGAGGCAGAUGGGCUCAGGUGAUGCCUAUCCACAUCAGUAUUCGGUGAAACUGGAGAAAGGAGAUUACACUAUUCGGUUACAAGUCCGUCAUGAGCAGAACAGUGAACUGGAUCGUAUCAAAGACCUUCCAUUUAUUGUUUCUCACAGGCUAUCUAAUACCUUAAGCUUAGACAUUUAUGAAAACCAUAACCACGCUCUCUUAGGAAAGAAGAAAUCAAACAGUUUAACAUUACCACCAAAACAUAAUCAGCCCUUCUUUGUUGCAUCUCUCCCUGAUGACAAAAUACCUAAAGGAGCAGGACCUGGAUGUUACCUGGCAGGAGCUUUGACAUUGUCUAAAACAGACCUUGGAAAGAAAGCUGGGCAGUCUGCAGCAAAACGACAAGGAAAAUUUAAAAAGGACAUACUGACUGUUCAUUAUCAUCUGAUACCAUCACCAGCAAAAACUAAGAAUGGCAACAAGGAGAAAGAAAGGGAACCAGAAAAAGAAAAAGAUGUAAAGGAAGAAUUUGCUGAAGCUUUAAGAGACUUGAAGAUACAAUGGAUGACCAAGCUGGAUACCCCUGACGUGUACAAUGAACUGAAAGAAGCCUUCCCUAACCAUCUUCCAUUGUAUGUUGCAAGACUUCAUCAGCUGGAUUCUGAAAAGGAGCGAAUGAAAAGACUUGAUGAAAUUGUUGAAGCUGCAAAUACUGUUAUCUCUCACAUUGAUCAAACAGCCUUGGCAGUGUAUUUUGCCAUGAAGACUGAUCCCAGACCUGAUGCAACUACUAUAAAAAAUGAAAUGGAAAAACAAAAAUCCACUUUAGUAGAUGCCCUUUGCCGAAAGGGAAGUGCACUGGCAGAUCAACUCUUGCAUCUACAGGCACAAGAUGGGGCUGUUUCAAGUGAGACAGAAGCUAAAGAUGAUGAGCAUGACAGCUGCUUGGAUGCUCUGUCAGAGACUUUCUGGGAAACAACAAAAUGGACUGAUCUUUUCGACACUAAGGUUUUAACAUUUGCCUAUAAGCAUGCGUUGGUCAAUAAAAUGUAUGGGAGAGGUCUUAAAUUUGCAACUAAACUUGCAGAAGAAAAGCCAACUAAAGAAAAUUUGAAAAACUGCAUACAGCUAAUGAAGCUACUUGGAUGGACCCAUUGUGUAUCUUUUACUGAAAACUGGCUUCCUGUCAUGUAUCCACCUGAUUAUUGUGUGUUCUGAAAUACUAAUUGUUGUAAACAUAAGAAAUGAUUUUAUAUCGACAAAUAUAGAAAGAUGAGUUUGUUAUUAGAACGCAUGUUUUCAUUCAUUACUGAAUGCUGAUUAUUAAAUUGUGUGUCUGUCAGUAAAGGCACCCUGGUGUGGCUUAAUACCUGUUAACCAGACUUCUGACAUCAGGGAGUUUCCUUUGCGUGCAUCCUAUUGCUGGCAAUGGAUGUACUAGAAGUGCCAGCACCAAGGAUUUGGAAAAUGAUUGGAAAAGGCUUUUUUGCAUGCAUGUUAAAUUCUUAACAGUUAAUUUUAACUGCAAACCUGUAAAAGUUCUGUAUUUUUUACAGUGGACAGGGUUUUAACAUGUUUAAUCUUAAUUUCAUUUUCAUUUUAUGAAGGCCUUAAAGCUACAUCAAGAGUAGCUAAAUUUUUAUUUAUUAGAUAAAAAUAACAAAACAUCAUUAACUGGUAUUGUUUAUAAAAGUUUACAUUUGAUUUUUUUUUUAAAAAAACCUUUCAAACUGUCACAAUGUUUAUCUCAGAAUUGCUGAUGCAGAGGUGCUCUUGUAAAUCUUCAUCUUGGAGUAAUUUCAGGCAAACUUUCAAAAAUCCGUAUGAAGUUGAAUAUCUGGAUGGACUGAUAAUUGUAUAAAAGUGCCAGACAGUUAAAUCUUAAUCAGGUAUUGUAAAGCUAUACAUAUAUGUUUAAUAAUGUUACAAAUGUAAAACACAGCAGAAUAAAUGUGCAGAGUUGAAGAUCAAAAAACACCAUGUGCACUCUGAUGCUUUAAAGGAAUUUUUAUAAUUAAUAAAAAUAAAUGACAACGCUGAAAA